ACGGCCAGCACGGUGGGGUGCCCUCUUGCGGCUGAGGCGGCGGGAGGCAUGUGCGAGAGAGGCACCGGCGGCGGCGGCGGCGGGGCGGAGCCGUUGCCGAGCUGAGGCGGCAGCGCGGAAGGAGCCGGAGAUGGUGGCCGCGGCUGUGGGGCCGCAGCUCCGCGUCGCCUCGCUCUUGGCCGCGUCGCUGCUGGCGCUGCUGGUGCUGCAGCCGCCGCCGGGAAGCGUGGCCGGGGCCAGCCUGGGCGAGAGCGUGGUCUGGGCCGUCAACGCGGGCGGGGAGGCCCAUGUGGACGUCCACGGCAUCCACUUCCGGAAGGACCCCCUCGAGGGACGGGUGGGACGAGCUUCCGAUUAUGGCAUGAAACUGCCCAUCUUGCGCUCCAAUCCUGAGGAUCAAAUUCUCUACCAGACGGAACGCUACAACGAAGAAACCUUUGGCUACGAAGUCCCUAUCAAGGAAGAGGGCGACUAUGUCCUGGUGCUGAAGUUCGCUGAAGUCUAUUUUGCACAGUCGCAGCAGAAGGUUUUUGACGUGCGUCUGAACGGCCACAUGGUGGUGAAGGACUUGGACAUCUUUGACAGAGUGGGACACAGCACUGCCCACGAUGAGAUUAUUCCCAUCAGCAUCAAGAAGGGGAAGCUGAGUGUGCAGGGAGAGGUUUCUACCUUCACAGGAAAGCUUAACAUUGAGUUUGUCAAGGGGUACUAUGAUAAUCCAAAAAUCUGUGCACUGUAUGUCCUCUCAGGAACAGCGGAUGAUGUUCCAAAGCUUCAGCCUCACCCAGGCCUGGAGAAGAAAGAGGAGGAGGAGGAAGAAGAGGAGUACGAAGACGGGUCCAGCCCUAAAAAGCAGGCCAAUAAGAACCGGGUCCAGUCAGGUCCCCGCACACCAAACCCCUAUGCCUCGGACAACAGCAGCCUCAUGUUCCCGAUCUUAGUGGCCUUUGGCGUCUUCAUUCCAACCCUCUUCUGCCUUUGCAGGUUGUGAGAAAGACAGCAAGCACAGUGCAAGCCGAAGAGGAGGAGUUGGGCCGGAUGUGGAGGCAGUCCUGGCUUCUCCAUAUUUAAGGAAAACAAUGGCUUUUUAAGGAGCAGCAGGUACAAUAAAGGGAGACUUUGCAUCCUCCUCCACAGAACUUUGGGUCUUGGCCGGCUGUGGGCCAGCAGCAGGCACCUUUCCUCUCCAAAAGGCCUUGAAGCAGAACCUGGAUCUUUGGGGCAGUGAAUCCUGCAACGAGCAAGAUGGAGUCCAAAGGGGCGGGCAGAAAGGCAUACGAUCCGAAGGUUGGCUAGAAAGAGAAGCAGCCACUGAACAGCCUUGCUGGAUGGAUCCACGGGUGUGGAGAUGGGGGUUGGGUAGACAUCCGCUAGAACAUUUGUAGCUCAACACAUGGUACUUCUUUUCUCCUCUGAAUGAGGAGGCUCACCUUGACGGAUUGAUAUUUGGUCAACAUGCUUUUGGUUAUGGGACAGGUUGAGCCGGUAAUCUAAGUCACCUGCUCUGCCAGGCGUUCUGAGAAGAUUUUAUUUUCAGGCAAAGUGCAUUCCCUGGUCAUGAUAAUUCUGGCAAGUCUUGAGUUGUCUUUAGAGAAUUCCCUCUCGCCUCUCCUGGUGUAACUUUAAUCUAGUUUCUCUCCCCCUCCUCCCAUCCUCCCAAAUGCAGUGAUUCCACUCUUAACUCCUCUUCCCAUUCCAUGUCACAUGGCAAAAACCUGACCAGCAGAAGCUGGCACUCUAGCGGGCAUUUAGGGAGCUCCCUUGAUGGCCUUCCAUUUUUCUUGUGCCUGGAGACUUUCCACGAUCCAAGGUGGUGGCUCCUUUUUUUCUGCUUAAGAGCUCCAGAGCUAGAAAACCUUCAAAGGUUUCUGUCUUGCAUCUUCAGUCAUUACAUUUUUUUUCAGGCUCGGCUUCAACUUUUGAAGGAGAUGCAUGUCCUUUGAAGGGAUCCUGCCGGCCAUUCCUUUCUCGGGUCUUUUGGUGGGCACAGUCUGAAAUGACCUUAAAAGGUGCUUCCCGCAAGAUUGUAUUGUAAGCAAAGCCAGGAUUGCUUGAGCAUAACCUACAGAGAAAUCCCCUACUUGGGUUGUUGGGACUGCAGUUGUCAUCUUCCCUAAAUAUUUACUGGGAUCUAAGGAAUAUUUCUCUCUGUGUCUUUUGAUGUGGCUUUCUGGUUUUCCACUGCUAUAGUUAUAUCUGGAUCUGGGCAAAACAAAGGCAGAGUUGAAAACCUUUUCCUCAAUGGCCUUUUCACACAGAGCAAGAUGUACUUGUCAAUCUGUCAGUUGAUAUUCAGCUCAUGGUACUUGAGCCCCGCAGCGGCCAGGUUGUGCCACCGUAUUUAACGUUUGUUCCUAUAAUCUGUUCCAUUUUCCCAGUUUGUGGGCUUAAUUUUAAGGCACUUGUCCGGUUUCUUUCCGGCUACAAUCUCAGUGGGGAAAUGAACUGUUUUGCAUUUUCUUUUCAUACUGCUGGUAAACAUAUUAAACUCAGUCAGCUGCUCUCUUUCUCCUGCUGGCUCAGAAAAUUGUCUUCCUGCCCAGAUUUGGCUUGCUUUUGGACAUUUCACCUCAAAGUAAAUUCUUUCCUUUUUAUUUAUUUAUAUAUAUUACUACUAGACAGAAAAAUCCCCCCCCCCAAAUUUAUUUAGGAAUAAGCCCCAUUUGACUGAAAAUGCUGGCAGGGAUUUGCAAGUGUUUCAUCUGGAAGCUACUCAUGGCUCUAAACUUCAUUUGAUGGAAAUCCAUAUUUGGUAAUAGGGUGUCCAUUUUCAUGGCUGCCAUUGGUGAAAUGACUUCUGGGUUAUGUCCUGUGAGACGGUUGAUACCUGCUAGCAGAAUAUAGUAAAGGCUGAGGAAAUUUCAGACCUUCGUUGUCUCACACCCCAAAGUAAUUUCACCAAGUACCGUAGUCUUUGAAUUUCAACUGCGAAGAAUUCGAAUUGGAAGCUGUUGACGUCGCAGGUCCGGACAGAUGAAUCUGUUUUUGAAAGCAGGUGGAUGUUAUGUGAGCUCAGGUACGUAGCCAUGAGGACAAGGGGCUGCUUUCAUCUUGUUAUUGUUCAUUUUUUGAAUCCGUAAUCUUUAAACGAAAGCCCUUGUAGCUGUUUAUUUAGGGGCUAAUUUAUAUUUUGCAAGUGAAGAGAACAUAUAGGCUGCCUUGCCUCGCUCGUACCCUAAUUUGUCCGACUUGAUUGUAAAACUGCACAUUUCCUCCACAAACAAACUGAAGAUGGAGGAAGACCAAGUGAGCUAUUGCAAUCUCAUUCCCAUUCCCUUUUUUCUCCAGGGCCAGAGGAGGCUAAAGGCUACUGAUUAUCUUCCUGAGCAACUGUACUCGCUCUCUUCUCCAAUUCAGAAAACUCAAAAUUCCUAAAGGAAGAGAUGGUCUGUUUCUGAUAUGGAUGGGUAGACUUAAGACCACUGAAAAUCUGCAUUUCUAGGUCUUGAGCUGUUAAAAAAAAGGCAAUUCCCUUUUAUCAUAAGAAUGUUUGGUUCCAGUCAAUCGCUAGAAGAGUAGCUUUAUUCCUAUUUUUUAUGCAGAGAGAACAUGGCCCUAAUUUUCCCUUAGAGUUUGAAUAUAUUGAGUGUGGUAAAACAUUCAAGUAUUUUCUUCUUUUAAAGGAAAAUGCAGCAAAGUCAGCAUUUGAAUCUGUAUUUGUUGCUUCUGCCUUUUGAACAUUUUCAGGUAUAAGUUGGCAGGCUUCUUUGCAUGUCAAGAGGUCUUUUUUUAAUGGAACUUUUGUUUUGUACAAACUUUGCACAAAAAAGACCCUUGGAGCCCCAUGCUCUGUACACUUCACAUCCUGCUCUGAGAUGCCCUUAAAGCCACGCACAUGUGUGAGGGCUUGGUCUUUCAUACUUCUAUACUCUGAAAGAAAGAAAAGGUGAUCUAUCAAGAUCCUUGCAGCGUUACCCUCCACAAAGCACAUCAGGACAGAAGCUGCUCUCCACUUCCACAGAUUGUGCUUUUACAACUCUCUGGUUGGGCAGGGAUCUAUCCCUUUUAAGAUCUAUCAAAGUAUUAAGACUGCUGUGAAUGGCACAGUUUGAUUUAGAGGGUUGAGGAUCAACUGGCUUAGGUUGUUUGGCAUCUUGAUUUAGGGACCAUGGUCCUUGAGGCUCUUCUGCCUAAGCUGGAGAUCUUGUUCUUGCAGACUAUAAGGUACAAGUGAAUGGCAGUCUAAGUUUUGCCUGCCCGAUGCCAAAAUAUGCUGAAGGUUCCUACCGCUGCCUCUUGUGAGAAGGGUUCAUUUGUUCUGGGUUCAUUUGUGCUGAUGCAUGCUUUAGUUAUGUGCUUGGGGCACUGGUCCUUGUGUAGUAGCAUUAUUGGGCAUAGUGGUAUCCGGCUGCCCCUUUGUGGAAUUGUUUUUAUUUUUUGACCUACGUUUUGCUUGCACAAAUAUAAUGCCUUCUCCCUUAGCCAGUAGGGGGAAUAAAUGGUUGCUUUCUCUUUCCUGAGAUCCCAUCAGACAUAGACUAUUGAGAAAUAAUCCUAUUUCACCGCAGCAAUUUAGACAUUUAGAAGAGGAAACCCAUGAAUCAGGUAUCCUCCUUUAAAUGUCUUGAAGAGGGAGAAAAGCCUGGAGAAAGAUCUGCAGUUGCCUGGUAAAGGUAAAAAAACGCUGCUUGGGAUUAAUUGGGUAUUCCGUUGAAUGUAGGCCAAAGCGUGUUCCAUAUAAGUUGGAAAGAUCAGGUGUUGGGAUUUGCCAGAAGGAAAGGCUAAAGUAAAUGGAUAUUGUUGGGCCUCCCUUGCCGCAAAGCCAAAGGUAAGCGUUGGGAUUGUUGCUCUGCAGAACUGUGUUUAUCCUAAAGACUUUCAGGUUGCUAGAACAGACUGUAGCUUGCUUUUGAAAAGCCCCAAAGACAAACACAGCAGUAAAAAUCUCUACUGGAGAAUUUGGGGUGGGCCUCGAAAUGCCGUCUUCCUUCAGGAGCUUAGCUGGUGGCACACAAUGCCUGCUAGGCCCUAAUGCUGCUUCCUUCAAAGCAGAGCCCAGGAAGGUAGGGAAAGGGGAAGCAUUGGCUGCCAACCACCUUCCAUUGCCUUUCUGCUGUCCCUCCCCUCCCUGCUCCCAGGCUCCCAAAGCUGUGCUUGAUGGGGAUCUGAUAGUGGUGCUUAGCUUCCAAAUCGUUAUUUGAUCGAGGGCUGUGUGUGUGUGUGUGUGUCUGUGUGUGUGUUGGUUUCUUGAACCAAGAGAUCACUCCCUGGUUAAAACCUGUGGGAAAUUAUUUGGGGUGCCUUUGGGGAGUGCCUUGGGAGAUGUUUGAAUUCCCCCAGGGAAAGGGCCUGGCCUUUUUUUCUCUCUUUCUCUAAACUUCACUUCCUAAGCCUCGUCAUGAUCAAAGUUUUAGUGGCGAUAAUCCUUGUUAUUGCUAACGAGGCAGAUGUAGGUUUUGAGGGCUGCAAUCUCAGCUAUCAGAAGAUUGAGGCCCCAUCCUUUAUUGUACUGUUGUGUAUAUUUAUCUUUUCUAUUUGUGUCCCUGCUUGCUAAAGAGGCAUGGACGUGGCCUCUUAGGACAGCCUAGAACAGGGGGCCUCCAACUUUGGCAACUUUAAGCCUGGUGGACUUCAACUCCCAAAAUUCUAGGAGUUGAAGUCCUCCAGGCUUAAAGUUGCCAUGGUUGGAGACCCCUGGCUAGAAUGUUUGCUGCCAGGUUUCAAGCUUGGGUGGAAUCUGUCCUUGCGCUGGUUUGCCAUUCACAACUUUAAAGUCAAUACAUAAUUCUGAAGCAGAGUGGUGCACGCAAAUGUCCUUUACUUUUGUGUCUUUUAAUAUUUUGCAUUGGUUCUUUUUAUUAUUGGGAUGUGUGUAGGUGUGCAUUUAAUAUUGAGCUUGGGCAAAGGGUAAAAAGCACAUAUGACUUUUGUCUGACUACAUUGGCUUUGCAAAAGAUUUCUUUUCCCGGGGAAGUGAAAUAGGUAUGGAUGAGUUCUGCAUUAAUUAUUCCCCCCAUCCCAUUUUUUGGUACAUUUAGCUGUUUUGUUUUUUUAAUAAAUUUUGUUGAUUUCUCUUUUUUUUUCUCUCAAGAUGUCUGGUUGAGGGAAAUAUUCUGAAAUCUACUGCCUGGCAGUUUUAACCAGCAGUGUGUUAAAAAAAUAAAAAUUAUAUUGUCACUUAAA